CAAGCAACGUGUUGAGCGCCGCGUCUAUAUAAAGCUACGUCCGACGUCCAAGUCGAAGCUUUAGCCAUCGCACCUAGACAGCCUCUACCUACUCGCGCUCUCGCACCCACCCACCCACCAGGUAUCUCAGCUCCACCAGCCACCAUGACCAUCCCAGCCGAAGACAUCUCCCCCGCGCCUGACCCCGUGCCCCGCGGGCCCGUGACCGCGACGCUCAACUUCGCCUCGCGCCCGGCGCCCGGCGUCAAGGUGGUGAACCACGUGGACGGGGGGCCGCGGAACCUGGGCGUGGACGCGCGGGCGGUCCUCAUCGCCGACAUCCGCGGGCGCGAGGCCGCCUUCACGCUCGACCGCGACGGGUUCGAGCUGGUGUCGGGGCUCGCGCCGUCGCUCGAGGACUCGGCCCCGGGGAGCGGCUUCGCCGACGACGCGUCGGUCCGGCGGCUGUACUACCCGGAGGUGGCGCGGCUGCUGCUGCGGCGCGUCCCCGGCAGCACCCGCGUGCUGAUCUUCGACCACACCGUGCGGCGCGCCGACGCCGCCGCCCCGCGCCGCCCCGUCUUCGAGGUGCACGUGGACCAGACGGCCGCCGGCGCCGCGCGCCGCGCGCGGUUCCACCUGUCGUCGCCGCCGUCGGCCGCCUCCUUCUCCUUCCCCCCCGGCGCCCCCGACCCCGACCUCCGCCGGUGCCGCUACCGCAUCGUCAACGUCUGGCGCCCCCUGACCCGCGGGCCCGUCGCCGAGCGCCCGCUCGCCUUCGCGUCCGGCGCCUCCGUCGACGACGCCCGCGACCUCAUCCCCGUCGAGCACCGCUACCCGCUCGCCGCCACCGCCGCCGCCGCCGCCCCCAUCGCCACCCCUCCCGGCUACGUCGGCGAGACCGCCGCCGUCGCCUACCACCCCACCCAACGCUGGUACUACGCCAGCGGCGUCCGCCCCGACGAGCGCCUCCUCCUCGAGUGCUUCGACAGCGCCGCCCUCGCCCCCGACGCCGCCGUGCCCAGCCGCGGGCGCACCCCGCACACCGCCUUCGAGGACCCCAGGACCCCCCCCGACGCCGAGCCGCGCGAGAGCAUCGAGGUUCGCGCCCUCGUCUUCGGGCCCUAGACGCGCCCGAGGCUCCGCGUCCCCGCUACCGCUCUACUGCGGCCGGCACAGGUGCGCGUCGACGGGAAUAUCUACGUGUCACAUCGUAGCGCAGCAUAGUUCAGAGUAGAUUGUAUCGAAUGAAGAGCUCGCAAUAUGGGCGUUUGUCAUCUAUUUACAUGUGUGCCAAACCGCUCGUCUGGUGUAACCUAACGUGGUGCUUUUCCUUCGUUCUCCUUCGCUGUGUCC